GGCCGCGGAGUCCAAGGCUCAACCAUGGAAGCGGCAGCAGGUCUCCAGGAUACUGCUGGGUUAACCUCGUGUGAUGCCCUAGGCCAGGUGCCAUGCCUCCCGCCUCUUCCUAGAAGGUUCGAAUUUGACCCGAAGCUCGGGAUAGACAACCCUGCCCUCUCGCUGGCCGAGGACCACGACCACCUAGACUCCUGGGGCCCGGAACGGCCUCGGUUUUGCCUGCUGAGCAGGGACGAGGGUGGGAGUUUUGGCUUCCAACUGAGGAAGGAGCCGAACCGAGCUGGGCACGCCGUGCGCUGGGUGGAGACGGGCUCCGCUGCCCAGUGCCAGGGUCUGCAGGAUGGUGACCGGAUCCUGGGGGUCAAUAUGGACAGUGUGGAGCAUGAAACCUUCCAGGAGGUGGUACGGCGGAUCAGGGCGAGCGGCUCGCGGGUGCUGCUGACGGUUCUGGCCGGGCACGUCGAGGCCGCGGCUCGUGCCCUGCGGGGGGACAGUGCCCACCUCUGCCCCAAGCUCGGCGCCGACGUCCGUCCCCGACUGUGCCACGUAGUCAAAGAUGAGGGCGGGUUUGGCUUCAGCGUCUCCUCCGGGGACCGGGGGAAUUUCUGGCUGCUGGUGAGCGGCGGGGGGGCAGCGGAACAGGCUGGAGUGCCCCCCCGGGCUCGCCUGCUGGAAAUCAACGGGGUCGACGUGAGGAAUAUCACCUGUAGCCAGCUCAACCAGAAGCUACAACAGAGCAGGGAGCAGGUGACGCUUCUGGUGGUGGAUUGGGAAGUGGAGGAUCGUUGCCACCAGCUGGGCCUGCCCCUGGCCGCCCCGCUGGCCGAAGGCUGGGCCCUGCCCGCCCGGCCACGCCAGCUGCGUCUGGAGAAGGGGCCGCAGGGGUUUGGCUUCCUGCUGCGGGAGGAGAAAGGUCCCAGAGGCCAGUUUGGACAGUUCCUCUGGGAGGUGGAUCCAGGUUUGCCGGCCGAAAGGGCCGGGAUGCUGGCCGGGGACCGGCUGGUGGCCGUGGCUGGGGAGAGCCUGGAAGGACUGGGCCAUGAGGAGGUGGUGGCCAGGAUCAGGGCCUGCGGGUCCCACCUCUCCCUUGUCGUCGUGGACCCUGAGGCCGACCGGUUCUACAGCAUGGUCCGCCUGUCCCCUCUGCUCUUUGUGGCAACUACUGCCUCCCAGGCAGACGCCCCGGCGUUGUCCCCAGACUCCCUCUCCACGCCCCCAACCCCUCCCUCACACCCGGCCCCCCCGCACCCUCACGACCCCCGACUCUGCCUCCUCUACCGGCCGCUCGGCGGCAGCUACGGUUUCCGGCUCAGCUGGGUGGCCGAAGAGCCCGACCUCUUCAUCUCCCAGGUGACCCCCGGGGGGCCGGCAGCUCAAGCCGGGCUGCGGGUCGGCGACGUGGUGCUGGAGGUGAACGGGCACCCAGUGGGCGAGGAGACCAGCCCAGAAGGGCUGAGGGAGCUGUUGAAGGCCGAGCCCCCCCUCCGCCUGUUGCUGGCCGCCCGGACCGGGCAGGGGGGGCAGGGCCAGGGCCCGCAGGAGCCGGAGAAGGACUGGGCUCUCGCCUCGGAGCUGCUGUAGGGGACAGUGUCCAACGCCGCCUCGCCACGUACCCCGGGCCAGGGCAGACUGAGGGGUCCCUCCCGGUCCCUUCCCGGGCUCCGAGGCCAACUGCUCCACCACCCCCGGGGGAGCAGGGCACCAGAGCCCCUCGGAACCUUCCCGCCCCACCAGGCCGAUGUGGACGGAGGGGGUUGGGGCCAAGACGGUGUCGAAAGAGCAUGCGACUCUCAAUGGCGGAGAGAGACAGAGAGCCCCUCCUAGUCCCUUGACCCCGAAGUCGAUUCCAUUGACCUGCGGAGAGAUGGAGCGUCCAGUGGGAAUGGAGGAUCGGACGCCCACUCGCCUGAUCCCCGGAAGGAAAAGCAUGGUGGAGAGGGGGCAAGAUGAUGUAUGAACGGGACAGAUGGUAUUUGUAACCUGGGGUGUUUGGGGAUUUAUGGUGAAGUUCUGGGGGGCCUCUGGCCCACUGUACAGUCUGAUCUGAUUGAAAUGUCCAACCCCCUCCCGGCCA